GUCACUGCUACCUACUUAACAGUGGACGAUAUGCUGAAAGUUUGGGUCAGCUACACUUACAGUACAAAACAUCAGUCUGGAAGUAAUGGUUGGAUAGAGACGAGCACUUCUGGAGGAUUGAAUAAUUCAGAGCGCCUUCAAUGCAGUAUACACGGCUGCUGAUUUAAACAAACUACUCAGCAGCAAAGCUACUUCAUGGCAUUCAGAAUAUGAAAGAGUUAUACAUACAAAUGUAUAAAAAUAAAUAAAUAUAUAUAUAAACUUGUAAAUUGGAGUUGUCUAUACAGCCGGUAACGUAAUCUAUGUUGACCUAGAAUGAGGGCCAAGGUUGCACGUUGGAAUCUAGGUUGCAUAUGGAUCUAUGUUAAGGGUUCCCAGUUGAUGGGAAUGAGAACUGCAUUUGUUCUUUCGUUUUACAGAUGGAGAAUUGUAAUAUAUCUAAUUGUAUUAUGUUGUUUGUAUUUAUUCCUGUGGUGUCUAACACCUUCAGAAUUUGUCACAGAGUUCGUAAAAACUGACGAGCCACAUGAAUGCGUUGUGGAUCGUCUAAAACCAUUUGAAAAGAGGAUACGCGAUUUAGAUGCAUUUCUAAUUCAACCAGAAAAUUCUCAAAGUGAUCUAACAUUUAUAGGAAAUGGUCUAAUUGGGUGUUCAUUUCAAGAAGAUGGAAUAGUGAUCUUUAAUAAUGGAUUUUUGUCUAAAACUCUUAAUAUACCAGUAUUGCUCACCCUAGAUGUUCAUGGAUAUGUGAAUUUCAAAGCCCUAUUGUUAGAUAUUCGAAAUGGAAUAAUGCACAAAAUGAGUUGCUUCAAACAUGUAAAUGAAUUGUGCGUUUCAUCCGGGACAAUGGUUUACGCGCAUCGUCGUUAUUCAAGCCUACUCAUUCAAACCUUCAGAGUUUAUAAUCCUAUGGACUGGGAUAAUACUGUAAAAAUUGAAAAGGGUAACCUAAAGAAUUGGACAGAACUUGUAUCGCUUCGGCUUUUAAAACUUCAAAGAAAGAGUGAGAUAAAAAAUCAUGCGCCUGAAGAAGUAACCUAUCAAGUCGCCUGCGGCAUUGUACGAUUACCGUCUAUAGAAAAUAUUCAUACUAACACUCAGGUAUUAUUAGUUGUUGUCUACGAACCAGUUUUUCCGGAUAAUCUCACAGUUCCGUCUGGAUCGACACAAUCAUACACAUUUAUUACUGGUAUACAAAUAUCCAGUCAACCGAUCUCUGUCACUGAACAUGAUUUAGUUCAAUUUAAAUCAGAUCUUGGUCCACUAGCUAAAGAAAGAUCACGGCUAGAGGGAUUAGUUUUCACAGAAUUAACAUUUGCCUUACGUUAUCCUGAAAGUGAAUUACGCAAAGAACAUAUGGAUGCUUGGAAUUUAGUAAGUGGAUUUUUUAAUUAA